GCCACAGAGCUAUGGGAAGAAUCUUCUCUUUCUUCCCUCCCUGACCCUCCCCAGCCAUGGGGGAACUGUUUACCUCCCAGAGCCAGGCUUUCUGGCAAGAGCGCAUCCAAAAGGAGACUGCCACCCGGGUUGCCUGGAAUAUCCACUAUGGUCACAAGUUCCUGAAAGAGGGGACCAGGGCCAAGAAGCAGCUCCAGCAGGCUCCAUUCAAGUCAGCCCUGGAAGUUGGCCAGGUGCCUGCCACCAGCUCCCUUGUCAGCAAGGAGGUACAGGUGGGACAUCCAGAGGUCCAAGGGGUCCAGAACCAGUUAUCCAGUGCAGUAGGCAUCCAGGUCCCUACACCCAAGGGAAUCAGAAUAAGGAAGGCUAGAGGAGCCACUCAGGGCCCAGCAGGCCACAGCAGGCCAGAGGACUUAACAAUGAGGCAGGUCCCCUCAAGCACCCUGAAGCUGCUCUUUGAAGGUGUCUCUCAUGAUGGCCAAGGCCGGGCCCGUUACCUCCAGGAGCGGCAUCGGCAGAUACCAGAGGAGAAGUUCCGGUACAAGAUCCUGUCAUCUUGGGAGUAUGGCUGGCAUGUGGGGGAUGCCAUGAGGAACUUCACGAUACCAGAGUAUGCCAGGACCCAGACCAUCACAAAGACAUUUUACCUCAAAAGUAGCGUCUUCCAUUUUCCACGGCGAACAGACCAGCUCAUGUGAACUUGGCUGGGGAAGGGCCCUGAGCUGCUCCUUUCCUUUCUCCUUGAUUCAUCUGGAUCCUCCAGGGGCCAUGCUGCCAGUCAAACCUGCCCUUCGCUCUGUGUUUUGCCUAGCCCUGCCUCCUUGGUUGUAUGUGGAUGGGCAUGAGUGUACCUCUAAGGCAGAUGUACCUCUGGGAUGUACAGGUGACCCACCCUGAGGGUUCUUGUCUGUGCUCGCAGACCUCCACUCCUUGCAGACCUGCCCCUACCCUACUAUCAUCAAUAAGGCAUGGGCACUGGUGCUUAUUUCUUGGGGAAGCAACAGAGUCUCACUGUGCUCUGUCAGCACACCUGGGUGGGGAGGGGCUCACCAUGUCCUUAAGGUGCUAAGGGGGAUGUGUUUGUGAAUAGCUCCCUGCUUUUUAUU